CGGCAGGGCGGCAGGAGGCCGAGCGGGGCGCCGAGCAGAAAGAAGACGAACUGGGUCCACCCAAGAGGGAGCCGGCACCUAGAACUCCGCGCCCAGAACUCCAGGAGGCCCAGCAGAGGAGCGUGUGUCCUGUGACCGCAGGAGGCAGCAUUACUGGAUCGAGAUGACCGCUCCCACCACCUUGGGGGAUUCCACCUUCUUCUCGUUGAACGUGACCACGAGGGAGGAAGACUUCCUCUAUAAGAGUGCCGGAGCCAUCAUUGCUGCCAUCGUGGUGGUGGUCAUCGUCACCUUCACAGUGGUUCUGAUCCUGCUGAAGAUGUACAACAGGAAAAUGAGGACACGGCGGGAGCUCGAGCCCAAGGCCCCCAAGCCGGUUGCUCCGUCUGCCACGGACCCCAGCACUAACAGCAGCCAACAGCCUGCGUUGUCGGUGACCGUCAGCCCUGUUGACCUUCACUCAGAGACUCGGUGACCCCAGUCCCGCCACCGUCUCUGCCACAGUCUGAAGAGCUUGCUCGGGGUGCAGACCCGGAAGCACACAUCUACGGCAGCUUCCUUAUGAGUUCCUUCCGGUCAGCAGAGCAUCUUUCAGACAAUCCCUGCCACUUCCUUAACCUUGCCCUAACCCAGCUCACCCUGAGUGUGUCCAGAUCACCUGUCACCCUGUCAAAACGCCGUGGAAUGUUAUUUUGUCAUCAGAUGAGCUAGAGCUCUGCUGGGAAUCCACUCAAGUGAGUUCAAAAUGCUGUGGCUAGACAGACAAGCUGACAGACAGACAGACAGACAGACAGACAGACAGACAGACAGACAGACAGACAGACGUACUGAUUCAUUUGGUCAAGAGUAUGUCGACCUCAGAGAAUGUUGCUGUGAGUGUUGCCCAGGGUCUGCCACUGGGCUCAUCUCAGAUUAAGAGCUAAAUCCACAGCUUUGCAGAGUAAAAUACUCAACCCCAUCUUCAUGGACAGGGGAACUACUUGGACUAACCCCAAAGCCAAUUUGUUAAUUUAUAACCUCUUCUGCUACUAGAUAACCAAUGAUUGAUCAACGCAUUUCUCUUCCUUAAAAGAAAAGUUACAAGAAAAAUGGAUCUUUUUCCCUCCCAAGAGGUUUCUGCUUCAUUAAUAAUCAGUAGAAGGCCCAGGGUGACCUUGGGGCAGGGUGGCCUCUAGGACCAGAGAUUGUCGCAUUGUCAUAGGCCUUGACCAAUCCUGGUAGCUGCUUAGGGCUCCCUCCUCCUCUCCUUCCGGGAGGGUCUCAUUUCCUGGCUCCCCAAGAAGCUUUGACAGUCUUGUUAACCCUUUACCUCCCAGGACCCAUAUUCAGAGACUGGGUCACCUGGACGAGGCUGGAGAUACACCUGAGGCAGCACAUACCAGACCAUUUCUCUGGACAGAGCUGGGCUGGAAAACAAUCUCCAGAUAAGGGGAAACAUUUUGGAAUCAAGGAGACUUGCCUUCAAGCUGUGCUUUCUGGUAUAUGGCCUUGGGAAGGUGACUCAGCUUUCCAUGUUAGUGGAAAUGGCAACCCUCG